UGGGCGGGACCAGUAGACUGCGAGUCAAUCAGAGGAAACCGUUACGCGACGCUCGUUUAGCAUCACUCCAUCCGACCGGGUCGCUGAGAAUAGCGUUAAUUCAGAUAAUUAAGAUAAUUCAGAUCGAAAUGUUACAUCUGCGUUCUUUGUCGGGGCUCACAGACGUGUUCCAGUCCAACCUUAAGCGGCCCUUGUCCUGCGUGGCGGGGGGGAGCAAAGCGCGAUGUCUCAGCAGCGAGUGGCCGGCGGGGAGGCUGCCGAACCGGGGCAGCUGGGCACCUGCUCCGGCCCCCUGGAGCCUCCACCGAACCCCGGCCGCCCGGCCCCCGCACCCGGCCGUACACACGCAGACCAGAGCCCUCUGCUCCAAGAGCGACGGCGGCGGUGAGACGAGCAAGGACUCGGCCGCGGAGAAGAGAAGGAAGGCGGGCAUCCUGCCCAGCCUGGAGGACCUCCUGUUCUACACCAUCGCCGAGGGCCAGGAGAGGAUCCCCGCCCACAAGUUCACCACGGCUUUGAAGGCCACUGGUCUCCGGACCGGAGACCCCCGCCUCAAGGAGUGUAUGGAGAUGCUGAAGGUCAUCAUGAAGACCACGUCGGAUGGAGCCCUGGACCGGCACCUUUUCAAGAAGUGUGUGCAGAGUAACAUCGUGCUGCUGACGCAGGCGUUCCGCAAGAAGUUCGUCAUCCCGGACUUCCAGCCCUUCUGCGCGCACAUCGACGAGCUCUACCACAACGCCAAGAAGAUACCUGGGGGGCAGGUGGCGGACUACAUCCCCCAGCUGGCCCGCUUCAGCCCCGACCUCUGGGCCGUGUCCCUCUGCACCGUAGACGGACAGAGGCACACGGUGGGGGACACCAAGGUGCCGUUCUGCCUGCAGUCGUGUGUGAAGCCGCUGAAGUACGCCAUCGCCGUGCACGACCACGGCACCGACUACGUGCACCGCUUCAUCGGCAAGGAGCCCAGCGGCCUGCGCUUCAACAAGCUCUUCCUCAACGAGGACGAUAAACCCCACAACCCCAUGGUGAACGCCGGAGCCAUUGUGUGCACGUCACUUAUUAAGCACGGAGCGAGCAACGCUGAGAAGUUCGACUAUGUUAUGGACUUCAUGAACAAAUUGGCUGGAAAUGAGUAUGUAGGCUUCAGCAAUGCCACGUUCCAGUCAGAGCGAGAGUCAGGGGACCGCAACUUUGCUAUUGGCUACUACCUGAAGGAGAAGAAGUGUUUCCCCGAGGGAACGGACAUGACCUCCAUCCUGGAUUUCUACUUCCAGCUCUGUUCCAUCGAGGUCACCUGUGAGAGCGCUAGCGUCAUGGCGGCCACACUGGCCAACGGCGGCUUCUGUCCAAUCACAGGAGAGCGUGUCCUGAGCCCGGAGGCGGUGCGGAACACCCUGAGCCUCAUGCACUCCUGUGGCAUGUACGACUUCUCAGGCCAGUUCGCCUUCCACGUGGGCCUGCCGGCCAAGUCUGGGGUGUCGGGGGGGAUCCUGCUGGUGGUGCCCAACGUGAUGGGGGUCAUGUGUUGGUCGCCCCCGCUGGACAAGUUGGGCAACAGUGUCAGAGGGAUCCGCUUCUGCACCGAUCUGCUGUCUCUGUGUAACUUCCACAACUACGACAACCUGAAACACUUCGCCAAGAAACUGGACCCCCGCAGGGAGGGGGGAGACCAGAGGGUGAAGUCUGUGAUUAAUCUGCUGUUUGCUGCCUACACUGGAGACGUGUCCGCGCUGAGGAGGUUUGCCCUGUCCUCCAUGGAUAUGGAGCAGAGGGACUACGACUCGCGGACGGCGCUCCAUGUGGCGGCAGCCGAAGGUCAUGCUGAGGUGGUUCGGUUCCUCCUGGAGGCCUGUAAGGUCAACGCAGUCCCUAAAGACAGGUGGGGGAACACCCCUAUGGACGAGGCGGUGCAUUUCGGCCAUCAUGACGUGGUCACCAUCCUGCAGGACUACCACCCCCCCCCCCAGCCCCCCCCAGCCCCCCCAGACCACCGAGGUGGCAGGGAACAACCUGGACGGCCUGCUGUAGCCCUUAACCCCCCCUCUGUUAGCCCUUAACCCCCCCUCUGGGAACAACCUGGACGGCGUGCUGUAGCCCUUAACCCCCCCUCUGUUAGCCCUUAACCCCCCCUCUGGGAACAACCUGGACGGCCUGCUGUAGCCCUUAACCCCCCCUCUGUUAGCCCUUAACCCCCCCUCUGGGAACAACCUGGACGGCCUGCUGUAGCCCUUAACCCCCCCUCUGUUAGCCCUUAACCCCCCCUCUGGGAACAACCUGGACGGCCUGCUGUAGCCCUUAACCCCCCCUCUGUUAGCCCUUAACCCCCCCUCUGGGAACAACCUGGACGGCGUGCUGUAGCCCUUAACCCCCCCUCUGUUAGCCCUUAACCCCCCCUCUGGGAACAACCUGGACGGCCUGCUGUAGCCCUUAACCCCCCCUCUGUUAGCCCUUAACCCCCCCCUCUGGGAACAACCUGGACGGCCUGCUGUAGCCCUUAACCCCCCCUCUGUUAGCCCUUAACCCCCCCUCUGGGAACAACCUGGACGGCGUGCUGUAGCCCUUAACCCCCCCUCUGUUAGCCCUUAACCCCCCCUCUGGGAACAACCUGGACGGCCUGCUGUAGCCCUUAACCCCCCCUUCUGUUAGCCCUUAACCCCCCCCCCCUCUGGGAACAACCUGGAUGGCCUGCUGUAGCCCUUAACCCCCCCUCUGUUAGCCCUUAACCCCCCCUCUGUUAGCCCUUAACCCCCCCCCCCCCGGGAACAACCUGGACGGCCUGCUGUAGCCCUUAACCCUCCCUCUGUUAGCCCUUAACUCCCCCCUCUGUUAGCCCUAAACCCCCCCUCUGUUAGCCCUUAACCCCCCCUCUGUUAGCCCUUAACCCCCCCUCUGGGAACAACCUGGAUGGCCUGCUGUAGCCCUUAACCCCCCCCUCUGUUAACCCUUAACCCCCCCUCCCCCCUCUGUUAGCCUUUAACCUCACCCUGUUAGCCCUUAACCCCACCCUCAACUCCUUCAUUUCCCAUUAACCUUGGCCUGAAUUCAACUCUUAUCCCUCAACCCCUGAAGGGACCAUCCACUUACUCUGAAAAAUACUCCCCCGUCUUUUCCCCGCCCCCUUUGUAUUGGCCCCGCCCCUUCAUUAAACAAUCAACUGUCUGUGUUUCUGGUCGUGUUACAAGGUCUUGCGUAGAAAUAUGACGAUGCAUUCUAAAGGAACACUGCUUUGAUGCCUCCACAAAUAUAUACUGAUGUUAGAACUGUUGAUAUGACUGGUUUAUACUAGACUGGUUUACACUAGUCUAGACUGGUUUACACUAGUCUAGACUGGUUUACACUGGUUGAGACUAGUCUAGACUGGGUGACACUUGUUGAGGCUGGUUUAUCAGCAGUUUUCAAUCUGUCAGUCUGUUGUGUUGAGUUGUCAAAUGCUCCAACUUAAAGUGUGUGUAUAUUUGUGUGUGCAGUGUAAGGUUUCAGUGUGAUCGGACAGCAGGGUUACGCAGACGACGUCCGAGCAGGUGAAAGACGUCAGAUCUUUGUGAUGGAUGUUAUUUAUUUGUAAAAGCGACAGUGAUCCUUUCUCAUGACGCCGUCCGUCGCGGCGGUGACGUGUGUAUUUAUAAAGCCUGUGUACAUAAACCUGAA